GCGUCUUGUUUAGUAUGCAUCUAGCGCUACCGUGCACCGGGAACAACGCAUUGUUACGUCCGUCAGCUGCUGCUCCGCACCGCUCCGAACCGGCAUGGCACGCUCAUCGGGGGAGCAAGAGGGGCGCGAAGCUGGCUGUAACAUGGAAAGAAGGGUACGAGGCGAACGACGCGACCACGCGACGAGAGGGACAAAGCCGAGGAAAACACGAGAUAGAAAGAGAAAGAACAGAGAAGGAACGGCUGAUGACGCACAAUACGAAGCUGGACCCUAUCUCGUCCCAAUUAGCUUAUUUCGAAUGUGAAAUAAUUAAUUGCUGGAAUAUGCCAUUUUGUUCGCGCGAUUGGUUCUUAAAAACAGGUCCACAGUUAAAAGAUAAUCAGAUGACAAACUCGUCAUUUCUACCCAGAACUUUCGUCGGUAGAAAGUAA